GUGUUUAAAAUGUCAGCGUACAUAUGUUACUUCCUUUUUCCUGUAUGGUUUGUUGUGAUUGACCAUUUUGAAUGUAUGAGUAGAACAUAUAUUUAAUCGCAGAAAUGGUGCGUAUGAAUGUGUUAAGCGAUGCACUGAAGUCUAUAAACAAUGCUGAGAAGCGAGGAAAGCGGCAGGUUCUCAUCAGGCCAUGUUCAAAAGUAAUUGUCAAAUUUUUGACGGUGAUGAUGAAACACGGCUACAUCGGAGAGUUUGAGAUAGUGGACGAUCAUAGAGCAGGGAAGAUCGUUGUCAAUCUCACUGGCAGGCUCAACAAAUGUGGGGUUAUUUCGCCGAGGUUUGACGUUCCCAUCAAUGACAUCGAGAAAUGGACGAACAACCUGCUUCCAUCUCGUCAGUUUGGGUAUGUUGUAUUAACCACCAGUGGAGGCAUAAUGGACCACGAAGAGGCGAGGAGAAAACAUCUCGGUGGGAAAAUCCUCGGGUUCUUUUUUUAAAUGUAAAAAUGUAAAGGUCAAAUAAAUUAACACCUUUUUGUGUUUGUA